GACACCAGAUAUAUAUAACUACACAAUGGCUGAAAGAUUAUCUGAACAACAAAUUGCUGAGUUUAAAGAAGCAUUCUCCUUGUUUGACAAAGAUAGCGAUGGAAAAAUUACCACCAAGGAAUUGGGUACCGUAAUGAGAUCUCUUGGACAAAACCCAUCAGAAAGUGAAUUAACCGAUAUGAUAAAUGAAGUUGAUGUUAAUUCUGAUGGAUCUAUUGAUUUCCCAGAAUUUUUAACCAUGAUGGCUAGAAAGAUGAAAGAUACCGAUAGUGAAGCAGAAAUCGCUGAAGCUUUUAAAGUAUUCGAUAGAAAUGGUGACGGUAAAAUCAGUGCUGCUGAAUUAAGACAUGUGUUAACCUCAAUUGGUGAAAAAUUAAGUGAUGCUGAUGUCGAUCAAAUGAUUGCUGAAGCUGAUACUAAUAAAGAUGGUGAAAUUGAUAUUCAAGAAUUUACUCAAUUAUUAUCUACCAAGUAGAUUUUGUGUAGCGAUACCAAUAUAUUGAUAUUGAUUUUUAU